UAAUCGAACGGCCCAAGACUACCGAUAACGACGUUGAUGCAGCAAUAUCGGCGCAGCACUCCGGUCCGCCCUGUUUUUGAGGCCCGUGCUUGCUGAGGUGGUUUCCCGGCGCUGAUUAAGAUAAGGAUUUUUGAGAACGUGGCACUCAUUCUUUGGGAUUUCAUCGAUAAACUUGUUGUCUAAAAGCUCAUCAUGAGCGGCGAAAAGGACGUUGAAGACACCAAGUUCGAUAUUGCCAAGGUGCUCGCCAACUUCAAGAAAUGCAGAGAAGACAACGUGGGUUCCCUGACUCUGGAGGGUUAUAUAGCUGGCUAUCAUGAACUGCACAAGUUUUUCGGCCAGCUCGGUGCCGUGUUCGGCUUUGUCGGCUCAGACGUGCAGCAGAAGCUCGUUCAGCUGGAGUGUUUACGAAAGAGUGGCGCCGCUGAGAGCUACGUCACCGUCCAGGCCAUGAUGGAUUAUGAGAAGAACAACGGAAUACUCGAGUCGGACAAGGCUGGCAACGGUUGUCGCACAUUACUCCGACUGCAUCGGGCCCUCGCGUUCAUCGCCGACUUUCUGCGGGAGCUGCACGACCGCGCUGACGAGCAGAAGAUGGCGUCCGUGUGCCAGGACUCGUACAAACGCACGCUGGCCGUGCACCAUCCCUGGCUGGUCCAGAAGGGCGCCCUGCUCGCCAUGUACACGCUCGGCACGCGCGGGGACAUUGUCGCCAAGGCGGUCGGUGAGGAUCCGGCCGAGCGCGAACAGGGCAAGGCCACGUUGCUGGAGUGCGUCGACACCAUGCAGGACGUCUACAACACCAUGCAGGGAUUGUACGAAGCCAACGGACUAGCCGACCUACCCUAGCGCUCUGUGGUAGAAGCAGCCGACCGAUUCCUGGGCGAAGGCCAGAUUAGACCACACUUAGUCUCGGGGUUUUGUCGUAUUUUGUUCUUGUAUGGUCCCUUAUCGUUUACUACUCGUGUGUUAUUUAGCUUUGAAAGGUGCAGCCAUCUUGCUUAUAUGGUGGCACGUCUGUUCGUUUUUUAAAGACAUGAUGUUGGGUACUGUCAUGGCGCUAAACCCAGUCGGUACGCCAUUGUUGGCAGUGCUGAGCGCGUGAUGUGUUCAUUGAGGGUCUCGGCGUUACCUUGGUAAGUCACUUUUGCCGGGCUUUGUUUUGUUUGGUUUAUUUUUAUUUUUACUGGUGCUGGCGUUUUUCUUGGAUGCCGACUGUCUUUAGCUGUCGUUCGUUUUCCUUUUUUGGUGAGCUUUGGGGUGUGCGUAAAGCAAAGUUAUGGAGAUAUUUGUGUGCACAGAUUUGUGUUUGUGUUCUGAACAAAAUUUUGUAGGCCAUAUACACGGGUUGCUGGCCGCUGGCCCGAAAGGCAGUGGCUGUCAGGCUGUCAGCCGUUACGCUGCCAGGGAAGGUUUCCACAUGCGACUAGCGCGUCCCAAACCUCCGCCCGUGACUUGCGCUGUUAAAAAGGAAAUCGGAGCACCCUGGUUACUGUGUUGAGACAACGAGGCCAGAACUUAUGUUGUUCUAAAACCAGGACCUGAAGUUAAACUGUCGGAGCGCGGAGGGAUUACCAUUGGCUUUAUUGGCGUGUCGCAUUUUUCUGUGCCUACACCAGCGGUGCUUUAGGGAGCAUUCCCAUGUGGAAGCCGCGGGCGAGGCUGUCCGUCAGUUCGGCUCUGCCUUUCGAGAGUCGGUGCUGCGACGCGUGAAAAGCAUACUACAGAGGCAUCUGUAAUGCGAUUGGAGCGCUUCGUGUGCGACUGCUGCGUAGUUACUUAGGAUCAAUGGCUGUGUAGAUGGCCUGCGUAUCAUCUGCGUACACCGCCACCUCCAACAGCGAAAGCACAGCACAGCAACUAGUCCAAUUAGCUGUAGCCCCCCGCUCUCUUGUUUCCGAUGGGGCCAUUCCGUGUCUGGAGUCUGGAGCAGGGCACGGUGCCGAGAGCAGACCCACCAUGACUUGGCCGCCGCGGACGCCACCGGCCAAGCCACCCCGUCCGAACACAUUCCUGGCCUUACGUUCCAGUGGGCGCGCGGGCGCUCAUUCUAGUCGCCAGUGUAACGUGCCGCGCCCCUAUCAUCACUCAUGUUGAAAGCGACCCACGGUUGAAUGUAUGGGGACGGCCGAAUUAGGCGCCCGCCAUGCUCUGCCGGCUUCCCCGGGCACUGGACGGGCCGUAGCUGCCAUGGAGCGGAGCGGAGAACCGUCCCGACGGGUUGUCCACGGCCGGACAGCCGACAGCUGUGGCGGCGGCUGAGAUGUGUCGCGUGGUCCGGCGAGGUCGCGUGUUGUCGGCGCACAGGGGACCGAUGGUCGACACUGCCACCGCAACGACGUGGGACCACUUCGAGCCCGCCGCCUUCCAGCCAUGUGAUAUUGACGAGGCGUGUUUGUCGUUCCACCCAAUGUGUGCCGCUCUCAUCUGCGCAGGCGCAGAACACACCAGACGCAACCCGAUGUACUGUGUGGAAGGCGGCGCUGAAUAAAACAUGUGGCCGUGA